AUGGGUAUAUCUAUCUAUCUAUCUAUCUAUCUAUCUAUCUAUCUAUCCCAACCUCUCUCUAUCCCCUAUCUAUCUGUUCCAACACCUUUACAUGUAAUUUUUUAUCUAUCUAUCUAUCUAUCUAUCUAUCUAUCUAUCUAUCUAUCCAACCUUUAUCCAUUUUUUUCUAUAUUCUAUUUAGUAAAGAUGCUGGAAGAAUGGUCGAUAUCUAUCUAUCUAUCUAUCUAUCUAUCUAUCUAUCUAUCUAUCUGCUCCAACCCCUAUUUACAUGUAAGUUUAUUCAUACUUAUAUAUCAGUCUAUCUAUUCCAUCUUCACUCUCAUUCUCUCUCAUUCUCUAUCACUCUCUCUAUCACCCUCAUCCCCCCUCGCUCUAUCUAUCUGUUCCCAUUUCUCUCUACAUAAAAGUCUGUUUCUAUCUAUCUAUCUAUCUAUCUAUCUAUCUAUCUAUCCCAACCUAACUCUCUCUCUCUCUCUCUCUCUCUAUCUAUCUAUCUAUCUGUUUCAGCCUCUCUUUACAUGUAAUUUUCUUCCCAACCUCACUCUAUCUCUGUCUUUCUCUCUCUCGCUAUCUACAUGCAAUCGGAUGUCCAACCAAAUGAUGAGAUGGAUACAGCGAAACAGUCUGUCUGUGGAUGACUAUCUAUCUAUCUAUCUAUCUAUCUAUCUCUCUCUCUAUAUAUAUAUAUGA